UCUCCGCUCGAGGUUAAUCAUCUGCUCGCAAUUAACCUGUGACCUCCCACGCCCGCGGCGCGCGAGGGGCACGGCUGUAGCUUUAAGGCGGGGGGUGGACGCGCGGGGCGGGGGAGGAGGACACGGGUGGACGGCGGUGGGGGAGGACAUCGGUGCCAGGCCCGGCCCCGGGAGCUGCCGCAGAUCCCUCCGUGCUGCCCGGCCGCGGCCAUGGGGAGCCCCGGCCUCCCCGCCGCCCUCCUCGCCGCCGCCCUCGCCUCCCUCUUGCCGCCCCCCGCCGCCCCCUCGGCCCACCGCAAGCUCCUGGUGUUCCUCCUCGACGGCUUUCGCUUCGACUACAUCGACGACGGGGAGCUGGAGGGUCUGCCGGGCUUUCGGGACAUUGUGAACAUGGGGGUGAAGGUAGAUUACAUGACCCCGGAUUUCCCCAGCCUCUCCUACCCGAAUUACUACACGCUGAUGACAGGUCGCCACUGUGAGGUCCAUCAGAUGAUUGGAAACUAUAUGUGGGACCAAAAGACAAAUGUAUCUUUUGAUAUUGGUGUGAAUAAAGAAAGCCUGCUGCCUCUCUGGUGGAAUGGAUCGGAGCCUUUGUGGGUCACAAUGAUGAAAGAAAAAAAGAACGUUUCCAUGUACUACUGGCCAGGUUGCGAGGUCGAAAUCCUUGGAGUCAGACCAAGUUAUUGUCGCGAGUACUUCAGCGUCCCAACAGACAAAAACUUUGCAGAUGCCAUCAGCGAUGCUCUCGAGUCUUUGCGCAACGGCAGCGCCGACAUGGCCGCGGUGUACUACGAGCGCAUUGACGUGGAAGGCCACCACUACGGCCCUUCGUCCAAGCAGCGGAAAAACGCUUUGAAGGAGGUGGACAAAGCCUUGAGCAACAUGAUCGCACUCAUCAAGAGCAUGGGCCUUCAGCAUGACGUCAAUGUCCUCCUCUUCUCCGAUCAUGGGAUGACAGACAUCUCUUGGGCAGACAAAGUGAUUGAGCUGAAAAACUAUAUCAAUAUGAGUGAUACCAUACAAAUGAAGGACCGAGGUCCUGUUGUGAGCCUCUGGCCAGUUCCAGAGAAGCACGCGGAGAUAUAUCAAAAACUGAAAGCUGUGGAACACAUGCACGUUUAUAACAUACAGGACAUUCCGGACAGGUUUUUCUACAAAAAAGGAAAAUUUGUGUCUCCUCUAACUCUCGUGGCUGAGAAAGGAUGGUUCAUAGUAGAGAGCAGGGACAAGCUGCCCUUCUGGGAGAACGGGACGGGGAGGAAGGAGGCCUGGCAGAACGGCUGGCAUGGCUACGACAACGAGCUCAUGGACAUGAGAGCCUUCUUCAUCGCAUACGGGCCAGAUUUCCGAUCCAACUUCCGAGCGCCUCCCAUCAGAUCCGUGGACGUUUACAACAUCAUGUGCAGGCUGGCAGGAAUACAGCCGCUGCCCAACAACGGCUCCUGGUCCAGGGUGGAGUGCAUGCUCCGAAACACGGCCCCCGUGGCACCGCUCCCCCCGAGCAGCAGCUGGGCCCUGGCGCUGGCUCUGCUCUCCCUGUUCGCCGAGCAGAUCUCCUUACUGUGAUCCCCAAACAAUGUCGGUCAGUGUCACCAGCAACUCCAUCCUUCUCUUUUAAAGUUCUUCGUUUGAAUAAUAGCUUCGUUAUUGUGCUGUCCCACACUCCUCCGCCGAUCCUCACCAGACGUGAAUCCGACCCGUCCUGCGCUUACAGUGGUUAUAACGUGAAGCCAGGUUUUGUGCUGCUCUAACCACAGCCAGGAAGGUCGGUGUCACUACCCUAGAUUUACAACACUGGCAAUGAGAGCGGAAUCUCAACUGGCUAUCCACAAAAUUCUCUGGUGGGUGCACGUGGCGGUCUCUGAGCAUCAAACACAUCUUACCCCACUGAGAGGCUCACCCUGGCUCCUGGCACCGAGAAGCUCAGGGGUGGAGAUGGACCUCUGUGCAUUUAACUGGUUUCUUUCUGUUUCAGUCCUUCAUCUCCAGCUCUAUCACCAGCAGAGCCCCGUCUUCUCCUUACAGUGCCAGCCAAGCCCUGUCUAUACCGACCCGUUCUUCAGAGCCAAGCGCUUUGCUGAGUGAUUAUAAAUGCUGAGAGAGGUGGAUCGGCUGGGAGAGCAGGGAGAGCAUCCUACUUCUCUCAGCCUUUCCUUCUUCAUUUUCCGAAAGGGAGCCCUGGUCCUGCAUGCCCUCAGGCCGGGCUUUCCUCACCCAUCACAGUGCUGGGGGCAGGGCUGGGAAAGGGGAGAGUGAUGGAAAUCCUCCACUUCAGUAACAGAAGGAAAGUGAAAAGGCAUUGGGAUGCACAGGGGUCAGGAGAAAAUUGGAUGAGGAAGCCUGGCAUUUUACAGCCUCUCUGCUUUCCCUGGUAAAGAUAAUACCAUCUACUCAGGUUUUGGGUUUUUGUACCCAAUUGCAUUUCUGAAGGUUUUUCAACACUUACUGCUUUUCUACCAGGUCUUGCCCUCCACAUCUCAGCUCAGUGAGCAACACACCCCGCUUUAUUCUGCAGCAGGGAGAGAGGUCUACACUGAUGGCUCUCCCACCCUUUCAGUUAAUCCUAGCCAAGAUUUCCACCAUGGGCUAUUAAGCCCAAAGAAAUUUGUAAUGGCAAAGUAAAAUAACAGGAGAGGAUAGAGCUGUUGUCGGAGGUGCCUUCAGGAGUGCUCAGCGCUUUUUCUGAUAUACCUCUGAACCAGGAGCUUUCAGUGACAAACUGCCUUUGGAAGGAUUUAGGUCUCUCCCUGUGCAAAAUAAAGCUCUAGGACUUACUUUCCCUACGGAUCCAGAGUCAAGCACGAUCCUGUGAUACGUAUGGUACAGUGAGUUUAAGGGUGAAUGAUUACACCGUGAAAAAAACCCCAAACACCAAAUUAAACUUGACAAAAGACUUCUGUAAUAGCCGUAAAGAUUUAUGUAAUGUGUUUUUAAAGCUCAAGUGAACCAUCAAAUCAAUUGGGGAAAAAAAGAGAGAAAAUCAGUCUUUGUUAUUAGACUGUUGAGUAUAAAAGGCAAUUUAGUGCUUUCGAAGCAUUUGCAGUGGCUGUAAAACAAGCACCUAUUGUUCAGAGUUCCCUGUUGCUCUUUAAUGGACCAGGCUCCAUGAAUUCACUGGAGCACAUUUUUAAAGCGAAAAAAUUAUCAGUAUACAAGAUAAGCAAAUGACUAAAUUACCAAGUUUUGUUUGAAAAUCAGCAGGAUAGAUACAGGCAGUGCCUGCUAAUCCCUUCACAGCCUGCCGUUUUAACUCUUACAAUGAACAGAACCCAAGGUCUUACCGAAGAAAAGAUUCUAAAAUUAUAAGGAUGUAUUCAGCUUCUCAAUUAUUAUACAAGCAGAAAUUGGAAAUAACAAAUGAGGCCCACUGAGUUGUUCCAGGGAUGGACGAUGACACAUGAAACCAACGUUGAUCCUUGUGAGUACUUUGUGUAACUCAUUUCUGUCAGUGUCCACAUGCAAAUACUGCAGAGUAAAUCUUCUAAUUGCAAUAUGAUUUGUUUGACCUUAAUGCAAGCACUGUGUGUACGGCAAUACACCUCAAGAGAUACUUGAUCUGUAAAAGGGAAAUUUGACAGUAGACCUACAAGAAGCUCAUUAGCUUCAGGAGAACUACCACUGAUUAUUUUUUGAGAAGUGCAUCUUUCUUCCUCAGAAAUGUUGUACCUCUGAAUCAGUUCACAUUCUCAUUUAAAAAUCAAGUGUCUUGACUCUUGCCUAUUUUUCUGUAUACUAUGCAAUGGAGGUGGGUGUAUUUUUAAAACCUAUUUCUGAAUGAUGUUUUUAUACAAUGACUGAUUGUGAAUGAGUGAAUAAUUCCAAAAAUGGUGUUAGAAAAAAAAAAUACAUCUUUUUGUAAAUAUUGUAAGAUUUUUGAACAAAACAAUGAAAAAAAGCCACCCCUGUAACACCUUGCCUUUCACGUUUGAUUGCUGCAUCAAAGUGUGAUAAACAGUGUUUGAAGCUUGUGCUGAUUAAUCGUCAGAAAGAUGAAUGAUAACAUUGUUUAAAAAUGGCAAAGUUGUCAGCAUGUAAAUUAGGGACAUUAAAUACAUCACACGAGAUACUGUA